CCCCCUUUAUUCAUAUAUAUUCUUGACUUCCCCUCUCUGACUAAACACUCUGGCUAGCCCAUCCUUGCUUCUCUCUCUCUCUCUCUAUAAGUUUAACUUUGCUAGCUAACUCAAAAGCGUGUUUCAAACCUCAAACUCCAAUUAUAAGCCACCCCAUAUAGAUCUCUUUUCAUGCUAAACACACACACACACCAUGAAGUCCAAUCCAAAAUCAAAAACACCACCCCACUUAUUAUACUACCUUCUAAUAAUCCUCUCCUUACUGUUCUUCUUCCCGUGUGUAUCCUCUACCCAACAAUUCAAAGAAGCCCCUCAAUUCUACAACUCCCCAAACUGCCCCUCAAUUGAACACAACAUAUGCUCCGAGGAAGCCGUCCACGUGGCAAUGACACUCGACACGACAUACAUCCGAGGAUCCAUGGCGGCGAUCCUUUCCGUCCUCCAACACUCUUCGUGCCCCCAAAACACCUUCUUCCACUUCGUGUGCUCCUCCAAUGACAACACCAACGCGUCCCUCCUACGCGCCACAAUCUCCAACACAUUCCCCUACCUGAAUUUCCAACUCUACCCCUUCCACGACGCCGUCGUUUCGGGCCUCAUCUCCACCUCCAUCCGCGCCGCACUCGAUUGCCCCCUCAACUACGCGCGCAGCUACUUGGCCAACCUCAUCCCGCCCUGCGUGAAGCGCGUGGUGUACCUCGACUCCGACCUCGUACUCGUCGACGACAUCGCCAAGCUCGCGACAACCUCGUUGGGAGAAAACAACAACGUUUUGGCGGCGCCGGAAUAUUGCAACGCGAACUUCACCUCGUACUUCACUCCCACGUUCUGGUCGAACCCUUCUCUGUCGCUAACGUUCGCGGACAGAAAACAGAAAGCGUGUUACUUUAACACGGGGGUGAUGGUGAUUGAUUUGGAACGGUGGCGCGAAGGGGAUUACACGAGAAAAAUCGAGGAGUGGAUGGAGCUUCAGAAGAGGAUGAGAAUCUACGAACUUGGUUCGUUGCCGCCGUUUUUGCUUGUGUUUGCGGGGAACAUUGUUUCGGUGGAUCAUAGGUGGAACCAACAUGGUUUAGGAGGGGACAAUUUUCGAGGUCUGUGUCGGGAUCUGCACCCAGGUCCGGUGAGUUUGUUGCAUUGGAGUGGGAAGGGGAAACCAUGGGUGAGAUUGGACGCUAACAGGCCUUGUCCUUUGGAUGCGCUUUGGGCACCUUAUGAUCUAUUACGUACCCCCUUUUCUUUCGACUCUUGAAAUUUGAAUUUGGGAUAUUCCUGUAACAUAGCUACAUACAAAUCAGGCUUAAUUUCUCGAUCUAUAUGCUGCUUGGGAAGAUUGAAUUGAAGAGACAACAACAUAACAUGGGUCCAAUUAUACACGUACGAAGACCUAGCUACUCAUCGGACCAAGGAUACAUGUUCAAAGUGUACAUUAAGAUGUGAAGGAGGUGAGUGGGGUUCGUGACUGGGAUUGUACGAUUGAGUUUGUAUAUAGCGAAGAUCGAGCUACGUAAUAAGUUUUGGAUGCGCAUAUUCAGAUUUCUUUUUUUGGUCCUGAUAAUGUGAACAUAGUGAGGGUUUUUGUAUAGGCAAACUCAUUUUCCGUGUUCAGAUCCUUUUCUUUUUACCUUGUAUUUUUCUCUGUUUUCUGCUUUACUAGUAUUGCUGACCUGUUACUUUGUUCCUUUGAUAAUGGGUCUAGAGAACUGACUUCCAACCAAGACGAAGAGAUUUAUUCGUUA